AUGAGCCGUGGCCUGGGUGACACCCUGGGCAAGGCGUGCGGGUUAUCGCCCGAGGCAACUGCGCACGAAAUGAUGCUGGUCCCGCAGGAGGACGUGGUCUUGGUGGUUGGCUCGGACGGAGUCUUUGAUGUGCUGUCCGAUGCCGAGGUGCUGCAUUGCUGCCGGCAGUUCAUCGACAGCCAGGAAGCGACGGAGGCUGCUGAAGUCGUGACCGCUUCGGCCCGCAGGGUAUGGCAACAAAGAGGCGCUUGGAAGAUGGCAAAAGCCAAGCUGGCCGAGUGGGAGGCUUUGCCGGCCGAGCGGAAGCGAGGAUGUGUAUUGGUUCACAACGCCUCGGUGCGACGAAUUCUGGUCAAGCCGAGGCUGGUGAGCCACAUCAGCGGCCAGGACGACUCGGGUGGGGAUUGGACUCAAGCGCUUGACCAUCACCCGCUCGGCAACGUCAUGAAGAAGGCCUUUGGCAGCUACAGCAAGAAGGACGACAGCUCUUUGGUCAUCGCGCCGCAGAGACUAGCCGUGGUGCCUCUACCACCAAAGCCAGACAUGAACUGGGGCUGGAAAGGACAUUUUGCGUACGGCGAUACCAAGGUCGGGGACUGCGCGUUCCGAGAAGGAGGCGUUUUCAGCUUCAUCAGUGUUGACUGUGGCCUCCGCGUGGGCGACCGAGAGGGCGAUAGCCGAGUCACUUCGGAUGUGAAGUGCGAGGAUGAGGACCUCCAAGCCAAGCUGGGAGGCGAAGUUGCGAGCAACAACCCGGACAUCCUGGACGACCAAAAAUCGGACGAACCAACUACGACACUGGAGGUAUCUAACUGCACGGAUGAGCCCGUGCAAGUGAAGAUUUUCGAGCCGGGUCACAGCAAUGCUGCUGCGCGGCUCUUCCGCAGUGCCAUGGCCGAGGGCACGAUCAGUCCUGCGACGAACCGCGUCUUCACCUUGAAGGCAUCCAAGGACGGAAGCGAGACUGACCUGGAUGUGGAGAUCCGCAUUGGCAACAAGAAGGCUAAAUGCGAGGUCGUCGGCGAUCAGGUGAUUUUCGUCGAUGGUCUCAUGGGUGACAACUGA